CAUGCGCAUGCGCAUACGGUCGAGUCAACAAAGAUGGCGCUGCGUGUAAACCUGCUGGUCAACAGCUCCAGUUUCUACAAGUUCACCUCUUGUGUCCCGGUCCGGUCGUUUUCUGAGAGAGUGUCAUCCAAACCCGAACCGUCCAGCGGCCCGGAGACCAGCGGGGACCAUUUGAUCUACACUCGAGAGCACUUUGCACUAAAGGAGUCCCUCCGGAAGAUCAUCGACCAGGAGAUCAACCCCCACGUGGAUCAGUGGGAAGCAGAGGGGACGUUUCCAGCACAUAAAGUCUUCAAGAUCUUAGGAAGUGCCGGUUUCCUGGGAGUCAACAAACCAGUUGAAUAUGGAGGCUUGGGUCUUGACUUCAGCUACAACGUCGCGGUGUCAGAAGAGCUGGGCAACAUCCGCUGUGGAGGCGUUCCCAUGGCCAUCGGUGUCCAGACCGACAUGGCUACUCCUGCACUGGCCAGGUUCGGCUCAGCUGAGCUAAAGAAAGAGUUCCUCGUUCCCUCCAUCACGGGGGACAAAGUGGCUUGUCUCGGCGUCAGUGAAGUCGGCGCCGGCUCUGAUGUCUCGAGUAUCAUCACCAAGGCGGUGCGGAAAGGGGAUGAAUUUGUGAUCAACGGGGGGAAGAUGUGGACCACUAACGGAACCCAGGCUGACUGGAUGUGUCUCCUCGCCAACACCAGCGACGGGCCGCCGCACAGGAACAAAUCUCUCAUCUGUCUGCCCAUGAACCUGCCGGGAGUCCACAUUGCACGCAAGAUUGAUAAGAUCGGCAUGAAGUCAUCAGACACAGCUGAAGUGUUCUUCGAUGACGUUCGCGUUCCCUGUAAGAACCUCAUCGGCCAGGAAGGAAUGGGCUUCACGUAUCAGAUGCUUCAGUUCCAGGAAGAGCGGCUCUGGGCAGUGGCCAACAUCUUGACCACGAUGGACACCGUCAUCCAGGAGACCAUCCAGUACACGCGGCAGAGGAAGAUCUUCAAGCAGCCCGUCCUCUACCACCAGGCGGUUCACUUCAGGUUGGCGGAGCUGCAGACGGAGGUCGAGCUGCUCCGCUCCCUCCUCUACCGGGCCACAGCGUUGUACAUUAAAGGCAACGAUGUCACCAAGCUGGCGUCCAUGGCCAAGCUGAAGGGAGGCCGCCUCGCCAGGGAGCUGAGCGACAGCUGCCUCCAGUACUGGGGAGGUAUGGGCUUCACCAGUGAUGUGCUGGUCAGCAGAUUUUACAGGGAUUCCAGGUUAAUGUCGAUUGGUGCAGGGGCAGAUGAGGUCAUGCUGGGAAUCAUCGCCAAGUACAUGGACACGAUGCCCAGGAAGUGAUGUCAUCAACGCUGCUGAUAACGUGCUGAUCACCGAAGUGCAGUUCUGAAAUGUUUCAACUCUCGACUUUAACAUGAAGUUAGAUUUUUGUUUUAACCUUUGAUUGUGUUUACUGGAAUGUACGAAACUCUCCUGUUCUCACACACGAUGAAGCUCCGCCCCCUCUUAUGGUCCUCUUAACAUGUAAAUAUCCAACAACCUGAUUUCAUUGUAAUGUAAUUAGUUCAAUUUAAAUUUUGAUUGUCGUUAAAGAUUCAACCUAUAUUUUUAGAAGAGACUAAGAAAAAUAAUGACUAAAAAUGACUGUUGUGUUUAAUAAAUAUCCAGCAAACA